AAGCCAGUCAGAGAGACAUUCAUCCAAGGUAUUAGGAAAAACCAAGCCGCCCCCUAGCAAUGGCACUUGUCUGAGAGUUUCCUCAGCACAGAGCUCCUGAAAGUCACCAGGCUUGCAAGAGAACAGAAGGGCUAUUGGGAUACAAAUUACAGCUCUCUCAGGAUUUGACAGAAAGAUCGAAAGAGUUUGAAGACCUGAUUUCUGAGGAAUAAAACAAAGAGGGGGAAAAUGACAGAUGAUCAAGACCUUUCUGAGGUGGAGAUGAGUCCUGUGGGUUCUGAAGACCAUCACUGCCUCUCACCAGGACCUUCCAUGGCAUCAGACGCCAGCUCUCACCUGACCAGCCCCAGCAGCGGUGAGAUGGGGAAGGUGAAGAAGGAGCAGCAGGACUCAGAGGUGGACGACGAUAAGUUCCCAGUGUGCAUCCGGGAGGCAGUGAGCCAGGUAUUGAGCGGUUACGACUGGACUCUGGUGCCCAUGCCAGUGCGGGUCAAUGGAAGCAGCAAGAGCAAGCCCCAUGUCAAGCGGCCCAUGAAUGCAUUCAUGGUGUGGGCGCAGGCUGCCCGGAGGAAGCUGGCAGACCAGUAUCCUCACCUCCACAAUGCAGAGCUUAGUAAGACGCUGGGGAAGCUCUGGAGACUCCUGAAUGAAAGUGACAAGCGACCCUUCAUUGAAGAAGCCGAGCGGCUGCGGAUGCAGCACAAGAAGGACCACCCUGAUUACAAGUACCAGCCACGUCGGCGGAAAAACGGCAAGGCUGCCCAGGGUGAAAAUGACGGCCAAGCUGAAGGAGAAGCUGGUGGGGCUGCCGCUAUCCAGGCCCACUAUAAGAAUGCCCACAUGGACCACAGGCACCCUGGUGAAGGCUCUCCCCUGUCUGAUGGACACCCUGAACAUUCUUCAGGUCAGAGUCAUGGGCCCCCCACUCCACCAACCACUCCAAAGACAGAACUGCAGUCGGGUAAAGCUGACUCCAAGAGAGAAGGGCGUUCUUUGGGGGAAGGAGGAAAGCCGCACAUCGACUUUGGCAAUGUGGAUAUUGGGGAGAUCAGCCAUGAAGUGAUGUCCAACAUGGAGCCCUUUGAUGUCAACGAGUUUGACCAGUACCUGCCACCAAAUGGACACGCUGCUCACCCAGGCCAUGUUGGAGGCUAUGCCACAGCUGCCGGUUAUGGCCUUGGGAGUGCCCUGGCUGCAGCCAGUGGACACUCUGCUUGGAUCUCCAAACAGCAUGGAGUCUCCUUGUCCGCCACCACAUCAUCAGUGGUAGACUCCAAGGCUCAAGUGAAAACAGAGGGUUCUGCUCCAGGGGGCCAUUACACUGAUCAGCCCUCCACUUCCCAGAUAGCAUACACAUCACUCAGUCUGCCCCACUAUGGCUCAGCUUUCCCCUCUAUAUCUAGGCCCCAGUUUGACUACCCUGACCACCAGCCCUCAGGGCCCUACUAUAGCCACUCCAGUCAGGCUUCUGGCCUCUAUUCGGCCUUCUCGUAUAUGGGGCCCUCCCAACGUCCCCUGUACACUGCCAUCUCUGACCCAGCACCCUCAGUGCCACAGUCCCAUAGCCCAACACACUGGGAACAGCCUGUGUAUACGACCCUCUCAAGACCCUAGGGAAUGGGGAAUGGUGACCAAAGCAGCAGCGGAAAGGGUCCGAAGAAUCAGCCCCAGAAGACGAGCCUCCGAGUUCUGAGGCCAUUCAGUGUAAUCCAGUCACCAGAACCCACUGAAUAUCCGGGCGUGUCUGUCUUGACCGCAGUUAUCGAAGGCUCACCUGGCUAGAGGAAGGUCCCUACCCACCCCCAUUCUCCCAAUUCCUAAUUGGCUUCCAAGAUCCCAUAGGCCUUCUAGAUGAGGACAAUUCUUGGCAUGGAGCAAUUAGUCAUGGUGGGGUUUUGUUGAGCAGAUCAAGGUUGUUGUUGUUUUUUUGGAAGAAAGAAUUAAUAAUCCCCUCCAUUCUCUUCCCCUCACUCAAGUUGCCCAGACCAUCAAACUGGCAGUUUAGAAAGAAAACAAUGGCCAUAACUUUACCACUCAGUGUUGAUAAAGCAUGGCUUAUCAGCCACCCUGGUGGAUAUGUUACAGUAGGAGAAGUAGGGUGGAGCAGCUAAUGCAGACAAUGCUCUAGGGCAUUCCUGCGUCAGAGUUGCACGUGCAUGAAUCUUGUUCCCCAUUGGAAGACCAACCCAUGCUUGCUUUUCCUGUUGAUUUUUAGCAUCUGCAUUUCACCUUCCUUUAUCCAUACCACCACUUCUCUGCUGCCUGGCUCUCUUAAGACUUUACUAGACAGUACAUUGGACUCAGGAACUGCAUUAUAUGCUCUGGCCACCUUUGCAUCGCAGCAUGUAAGUGUGUGCUACAUGUUGGUCCCUUGGACCAUAAAAAGCAAAGGGGACAGAAUCCUACAUUGUUGUUAUGAACAUUUUGUAUUGCUAGUUUGUUUUCCAACACCUCCUGGCUUCCUUCUAAACUGCCCCAGCUAGCUGCCUAAUACUUCAGAAGAUACCCUGCCAAAGCCAGUGCUUUUUUUUUGUCUAGCAUGCUUAUGAAAGAGAGAGUGCUAGUGUGUGUGAGAGUGUAUGCUUGUAUUUAAGCGGGUGCAGGAAGGCAGAAGGAUUUUAUCCACCAGAACUGCCAGUGUGAUCCUCCAACUUGCUUAAGCAUGGGGGGUGGGAUGGUGGGAAAUGCCCAGAGAACAUCUGAAUGUCCACAGUGUUAAGCAGAUAGUGUCACAGUGUAAACAGCCUAAAACAUAUUGGGCCCGAGGCUGAAAUUCCAAAUGGCGCUCCCUACAAAGCAAAAAUAUAAUGAACAAAAUAAUUGUCAGUGCACUGUCUUCACAGUGGUACCCACAAAUUUUCCACCUAGAGUGGUCUUCCUCACCCUGCCAAAUGGCAGGGAUGAUCCUGCGCAUGUAUUCAGAGUCAAUAGCGGCUAAAUUCAACCAUGGCUGCAAUAAGGAGAACAUUGUCGUUGCAUCUGAUGUUGAAUGCACAUUUAAAAAGACAAAAUGGAGCCAUUUACAAUUCAAAUAAACCCAUGUUUCCUUUCAUAUGAGAGGAACAGCUCCAACUAAACCAAACUUUCCUGUCUUCACUGAGGUGAAAAUAUGGCUUGCCUCUUCCAUGGGCUUCCAAAGAGGCAUGCCACUUUACAGCCAACUACAUUUUAGAAGACAAAGGGAUGAAUCACAAAGCACUGGAGAAAUGUGUUAUGCAAAUAAAAUACACAAGGAUGGGUCACACUGAAGGUUGUUCUUCCCAACCCCUUUGGACUGGAAUGACUGAGGCCAACUUGCCUAACAUUAUGUUUAUAUAUGCUUGCCUCCAUUUUCAGCAGUGGAUGAAUCUCUUUUCUCCAUGGUGUUUGAAAAGGACAUGUAGUAUGCCUGUUUCCCUUGUAUGCAUGCAACCUAUUAACUGCUCCACACCCUUAUUUAUGCAAGUAGCAUAUUCCCUCUUUCGCUGUCCCCGGCAUCACAACCCUGUGUUGUCCUAGCAUCAAUUAACUUUGCAUCAAAUGUAUGGAAUAAUAAACUUAAAAGGUUUCAGCUAUGUA